UUUUAAGAACAUUUAUUUAAAUUUUAAAACUUAAUCUUCACGAAGAUUUAGUUAUUAUUUUAUAAUUACCUAAUAAAAUUAAGCAAGAUCCAAAAAUACUCAUAUAACUUAAUUCUUUAUGAAAUAUGAAAAUAUCUACUAAAAAGCUCAUUACUACUUAAGUGUAAUUUAGUGGUACAACCUAAGAAGUUUUUCCUAAUUGUACUGCUCUAUUACUAAUUAAUUAUCCAAUUAAAUUAAUAAAGGAAAGUAUUAAAAUUCCUACCAAAUUUUCCAUAUAGUAUACAUUUUCGUUAAAAUCUCCUUAAAUAAUUAAAUAUAUACCAUUUAUAGCAAAACCAGAAAUAUAUACAUAUUGCACAACAAUUGUAGCAGAUAUAGAUGAGCCAAUAGAUUUAACUAUAAUACUACCAAAGCUUACAAAAAAACUAAAGCCGCAGCACAUUGCUAAUCCUAAAAUAGUAUUUGAGUAAUCUGAACUUACUUAUUAUGUUAAAAGACCUAAAUAAACCAUUAAGAAAUGUGGCUUUAUGAUUAAUAAUAUUCCAAAAAAACUCAUUAAUAUAGUUAAAAAAAUUGUUGAAUCUAUCUUCUCUUCUUUUAUCAAUAUAGCUGCUAAAAUGCUUGUCCAUAUUGGAGAGGUUAAAAAAAUAGCCAUUGCAUCACUUAAAUUCAUUAAUCCUAUAGCUUAAAAAUAGCAAAAAUGAGUUAAUCCUCCAAAAAUACAUCUUAUUAUAAGCAAGAAAUGUACUCUAGGAUUUUAUGGAUAUACUCCAGUGUCAAAUGUACGCAUUAUUACAUGAUUAAUUACUAAGCAUAAUAUAGAUCUAUAAUAUAGAAAUUACGUUGGAGAUAUUUAAGAAUAUUUU